CUGGUUGCCGUUGAGCCGAAGAAGCGCGGCGAGAACCUCUGGGGGCUGGAGGACACCCUGGUCGAACUGGAAUACCUGGCCCGGUCCGCCGGUGCUGAGGUGAUCGCCACCGUGUCCCAGCGUGCCGAGCGUAUUACCCCGACCUACCUGGGCAAGGGCAAACUCCAGGAGUUGAAGGAACUGCUGGAGGAUGAACUUCCGGAUGUGGUGAUCUGCGACGAUGAGCUCACCCCGACCCAACAACGUAACCUCGAAGCGGCUCUGCAGAUCAAGGUCAUCGACCGCACCGCCCUCAUCCUCGAUGUCUUCGGUCGUCAUGCCCGCACGCGCGAAGGGCAGAUCCAGUGGUCCCACCUGGAACGUCUCGGCGGCGGAAUCGGCACUCGGGGCCCUGGCGAAACCCAGUUGGAAACUGACCGCCGGCUGAUCCGUCGCCGUAUCCAGAAGAUCGAAUCGGAACUCGACGACGUGCGCAAACGGCGCAGCCAUUAUCUCGAGCGUCGCCGUCGCUCUUCUACGCCCAUGGCCACGCUCGUCGGCUACACCAACGCCGGCAAGAGCACCUUGUUCAACGCCCUGUGCGACGCUGGCGUCCCCGCCGAAGAUCAGCUGUUCAAUACCCUCGACCCGGUGACCCGUCGCCUGCGCCUGCCGGACGGCAACGAUCUCCUGCUCAGCGAUACGGUGGGGUUCAUCCAAAAGCUUUCGCCCACCGUCGUUGCGGCGUUCCGCGCCACCCUGGAAGAGCUCAGCGAGGCCGACCUACUCCUGCACGUCAUUGACAUAACCCACCCCAAGGCCCCCGAGCAGGCCGAAGUAGUGGAACAGACUCUCGCCGACUUGGACCUUGGCGGCAAGCCGCGCCUGUUGGUUAUCAACAAGAUGGACCUGCUCACAGACGACCCCGCCGACGUCGAGAUGUUUGAUCGCAUCGACCUGUCCGUGAUCUCCGGUGCGGAAUCCCCUGCUGUUGGCGGCCGGGUCUUCGUGUCCGCAGCCCGUGGCUGGAACCUGCCGGGGCUGCUGGAAGCGGUUCUGGAUCAGGUUGGCAGUUCCGUUGCCGUUUCUACCCCCGCCACCGCCUGA